UGCCGACAGACUCGCGCGAUUGUUUUGGCAGGAUGGCCGCUCCUGUCAGUGACAGCAAUCAGAGACCGCUGCAGAAUGCCAUGAGACUGGUAAAAGUGGCCAUUCAGCUGGAUACCGGCAACAGACACAAGGAGGCGUACUGUGAAUAUUUGAGAAGUAUCAACUACAUCUCUCAUGCUCUGCUUGAAGAUGCCACAUCCAAACAGGAGGGAGAGAUGGAGUCGGUGGAAUUGGAGAAGAUGAUGAAACUAGUAGAGCAAUGUUUAGAGAGGGUUAAAUCAUGCAUCAUAAGGAAGCCCGAGUCCCCAGCACCUGUCAUUUCCUCCACUCCUCUGUCCGCUUCCCAACAGACCACCUUUCCAGCUAUUAAUGCGACAAAUCAUCCCAAAAUGACAGAUACACCUAAUGCAUCUGCAUUGGUUUCUGAGACCCAAAGUAAAGAGCAGCCCACCAGACAUCGCAGAGUCCUCUCUGAGGGAGGGGAGACUGACUCCCCCUUCCUGCCACCUGAAGUCUUCCAGAAGCUUCAGUCAAUGGAUUUACAAGACAACCGAAAGGAAUUAACGCCUAUUGAGGAAGCAUCACGUCUCAACCAGAAACUUAAGGCUAAUUAUGAGGCUCGGCUGGCAAGACUUACCCCUGGUCAGGCCACACAAAAAACCUCAUUGACCCUCUCACUCCAGAGGCAGAUGAUGGAGAAUCUAAAAAUAGCAAAAGCCAGGCAAGAUGCACUUCAAAGAAAAAUGGAGCAAAGGAGACUCAGGCUGCAGGAAGAAGCCAACAGGAGGUUUGCGACCUGUGGGACCAUGACACCUGAGGAACAAGAGCAGCGGGUUCUGUAUGCAAGUGUGCUUGAAUAUGAGCAAGAUCAUGAAUGGCCAAAAAUUUGGAAAGCUAAUCUGAAAAAGAAUCCAAAUGAUCCAAUGCUGGUUUCAGGUCUAAUCUCAUGUCUUCUCAGCUACCCAGACCAUCCAGUCAUGAAGUUACUGAAGAGGCUUCAGUAUCGGGUGUAUAACAGACUGUAUCCUAUAGUGAGCCAGUGUGUUCCUCUGAGCACAGCGCCUGGUCGCUCACUGCCCUUAAAGCCCUCCCGCAGCGCCCAAAGCCUGCUCCUGUCCGACAGUUUUAUCUCUCCGCAGCAGCAGCAUAGCCCGCUCAAAUCUGCUAUGACACACAGCUUAUCUGAUGCCUCCAUCUCCCUUUCCCCAUCCCACGACCUCAACGCCAAUGACACAAAUUCCGAGAACGACCUGGACGAGUCCUCAACUCUGGUCUCCACAGAUAGGGAGAACUCUUUUGAGGAUCUAGAGAAGUUUCUUACUCAGCUGGACUGGGUUCCUUCUCACAGUGGUGAUGAUAUGGACUCUGAUGUGAUCUUUGACACAACACACAUAGACCUCAAAUCUCAUAUUAAUCAUCUUGAGGAGCGUGCUUUGAAGGAACAUUUGAAGGCCAUCGUCAAAGACAUCCACAAUGCUAUCGAUCGCCUGCUGUCUCUGUGUCUUCUCUCUUUUGAAUGUCUCAACACUGCGAAUUCUAAGGACCAAUGUGUGGCGAGUAUAGAGGAAGUCUUCUUCACCCCUCUUUGGUGCCCUCUUUUGGUACUUUUUAGGAAGGUGCAUCGAGAACGGGAGCUGGCUGUUGAGAGCAGCAUGCGUCUUCAUCGUAAUGUUUCACCUGGUGAUGUUGGUGUUCCAUCUAAAUUGUUCCCAAGAGACCCAGCUGUGCUGCACGGUUGCUAUCCGUACGAGUCAGCGGUGCAGGAGCUGAAGCUUCUGUGUAGAGACUAUUGUCCUCAGAAGAAACUGGAGUGUAUUGUGAGAACUCUACGAAUCAUCUGUGGCUGUGCUGAAGAGUACCGCCUCCUGCAAGAAAAUGAUCCUCCACCCAAAUCAGCAGCAAUUGGUGCCGAUGACCUGUUGCCCAUCCUGGCGUUCGUGGCUUUACGCAGUGAAACGCCUCAGCUGGUGUCUGAAUGUGCUGCAUUGGAAGAGUUCAUUCACGAGGGGUAUCUGAUCGGAGAGGAAGGGUACUGCCUGACGUCAAUGCAGAGCGCGCUGACCUAUGUUGAGUCAUUGCUCUUGGGUGGGGCUCCACCCCCGGCAGCCAAACCCACCUGACGUAGGUGCCUAAGCUGACGGAAAGAUCUCGUCGUGUUUGAAAGUCCUCAGGAGUUGGUGUAUCUCCUCUGCUCAGCCUGUUCAAGUCCCAGAUCAGGCCAGACUUCAGUUCUGUUCAAAUCUUCCCCACCUACUGCUUUUGAAGGGACUGGAGAAGUUUAUUCGCUGUGUUUGGGCGCUGCAGGGCAGGUUCAUCUGAAUGUGGUUAGAAGUAAGAUCAGUAUUGUAGCCAAAGCAAAAAAAAAAUAUUUAUAUGAGACUGAAUGGGAUUAAAUGAGCCAGAUGUGGCAACUUUAAAGGAUUUGUGGAAAGCUUAGUUAAAAUGUUAAUUUUUUUUUAAUACAAAUGUGAAUGUAUUCUAAUCCCAUUGACUUUUUAUUUUUUUGGUCAAAUCUAUUUCUCAGAGAAUUUUAUCAAUGGAAAUGAAAGACUAAAGCACUACUAGCAUUUGUCAUCAUGUAACACUCUAUUUAUUAAACAAUAUAAAAAGACACUAAUUGAGUUUUUGUAUUAUUUUAGCCAUUUUGAGCUUGUUGUACUGGUUAGGACAUAAUGGAGAAAAUUUGUCAAAAGUUCUGUUAUACGUUUAUACUCCGAGCUGUGCAUUUCUCUUGCAAGUAAAUAUACCACUUUGCAGACAGGCAUCAUGUUGUUGAGCAGUAUAGGUUUUAUCUAUUUCUUUUUAAAUAUCUUAAUUUGUUAUUUAAUUGUUUUUCGCUCUAAUAGUCAAAGUAGUGAAAUCAAUGUGGAAAAAAAAAAAGUUUGGAUGCGCAAGAAACAUUAAUGCUGCUGAACCGUCUGUCUUCAGUUACUGAGGUUGAGGGGAUUGAAUAGAAAAUAGGCAUAAUAAAAUAAUUUGUAUGAGCAAAAGCAUUAAUAUAUAUAUAUAUUUAUGUUUUGUCUGAGCAGAAUGUGUGUUUGUUUGUUGCUCAAGAUCUGUAAUGUGAAUUGAUGAAUGUGAAUGUAGCCUGAAUCUCUUUGCUUGAGAGACAGCGGCUAUGUUUUUUUUGUUUUCUUCAUACCCGAUCAUUAGGAUUGGAUAAUGCACAUGAGCAUGGUUUGAAAGUGCAUGGCAUGUGAAUUUUCUAACAAUAAAGACAUAUGUAACCCUU